UUGGCUUUAAAACCUGCUUGUCUAGGCCUCAACGAACAACGCCACGAACCGCAGGCCAAAAAGGCCUUCCCAUACUUCAACCCAUUCCCUCCGUCAAACACAUUCAACAACCAGCGCAACAUCCGCCAUCAGUUGGCAUCUCUAUUACAUCCACGCUCAUCUUCUACACCAGCUCGUUAA